AUGAUGCACUUCCUGGGCCAUCGGCGGUCAGCCUCGCAGCAGAGCAUUGACCCAGAGACACAGCAACAGCCACAGCAACAAUGGCGGCCGCAUCACCAGCACCGGCUAAGCGCGUCCUCGGCUCUGUACCAGGCGGCACAGGCAUUGGGCUCCAUUGGCGUCCCUACCGCUGCCGCCACUGCCAACGCCGCCUCUGGCAGUGUCACGCCUGCGGCGGAUGCUGCCAACGCUAAUAAUUCCCGCCCGCCGCUGCCCAAUCCGGUGCCUUCUUCAUUGGCCGUGUCAUCCCACUCUCAGCGGCCGUCGGUGUCGUCGCAGCAUUCGUCGUACGGGCAGUACUCGCCCUAUUCUCCCCAGCAGCAGCAGCAACAGCGCCAAUCUGGGUACUUCCAGCUUGACCACAACCGCCACGACCAACCUCCUGCUGCUUCCGGUCCCGUUUCUUCUCCUCCAACCUCGUCUCUCCAAUACACUCCAGGAGCCGCGAGUGCGACAACACCCGCGAUUGGGCUACCGCUGCCCAAAGAACCCCCCGUCGCCAACUUCCGCUGGGACGACGAGUACUACAACACUAAGAACGACACCAACCAAUAA